AUGCAUCCUACUGAAGCGGCUAACCCUCCUCACUGCCACAGUGCCACCGAUAACUUACCAAGCAGGGUUGACUCUCCUUCCGCGCCAAGCGAUGAUGCAGCUCCAGCCCAUCCUACCCAGUCUACUCCUGUUAUAUUCACUAUUAUUGAACCCGCCCUGACUACAGGAUUUAUUUCCAAUUUUCUGACUCUUAGCGGCGGCCUCACACUUACUCAUGCUCUUGGUCGAGAAGCUGGCCCCGGCAAGGCCAAUUGGAUGGCCGCCUCGUAUUCGUGGGCUCCCUUUUCUUUAUUUUCUAUCCUCUUAGUCCUUGCUGUUCAAGAGGCCCUGACGCUUCUCGCUUUGUCUAAUACACUGCAAUUGCUGACACACCAAACUCGUCCUGGUGCCAUUUACGGCCACCAGCGACUUGCACUGAUAGGCCUAGGCAUCUUUGCCAUCUUCUCACUGGCCAAUGGAUUUUGCCGCUCUUUUGAGUCGUUCGUGGCGGUGAGAGCUUUAAGUGGGGUUGGUGGUGGCAUCUAUAUGCCCAAUGCAAUCACAGCUUUAGGCCUAAUGGUGCCACCGGGCCAAACAAGGAAUUUGCUGUAUGGGAUUUUCGCCGCUUCGCCGCCUCUGGGUGGUCUUGCUGGCGCUUUCCUCGCCGGUCUCUGUGCAACAUGGGAUGGACUUUGGAGCUGGACAGUUCUAUUUGGCGUUUUGGGUAUUAUCUCGGUAAUCAGUUGUGUCAUCCUGGCAAUAAUCCUACCUCACGAGCAGCCAGUCGAUCCCAAAGGCAAGAUCGACGUGGUUGGAGCUUGUCUGGGUCUUUCAAGCUUAUUGCUCUUCAAUGUAGCAUGGAGCCAAGCUCCUGCAGUGGGGUGGUCGACCCCGUCUGAGAUCGCCAUUCUAACCGUGUCGGUCCUCAUAUUUGUACUGUUUCUCCUUUGGGAACAUUUCAUUGCCUCAGAACCCAUCGUACCUCUUAAUAUCUUUCGGGCUCCAACGUUCUUUGCCAUGAUUUUUGUUGUUUUAUUCAGCUAUAUGGCUUUUGGAAUUGCUCUUUGGUACACUAUUUCUUGGCAGCAAAUACUGCGACAGCUCUCGGUUCUUCAAAUCGCUAUUAACCUUAUCCCCUUUGGACUCGGAUCUACCGCCGCCGUGGGCCUUGCUGUGUUUUUGCUUCCUCGGGUCGAGGCAAAAUUUGUCAUGGGCAUCGGAGUCAUUGUCAUCAUUGGAGCGAGUCUCCUCCUGGCAACAAUGCCAAUGCAUCAAACGUACUGGGCACAAGUAUUCCCUGCUAUGCUACUCUGCGGCUGCUGCCCCGACUUUGUCUAUUUGGCUGCUCAAGUCAUAGCUAGUAAUAGUGUGAAUCGGAAGCAUCAGGGCAUAGCAAGCAGCCUAGUCGGUACACUGAACCUCUAUGGCGUAAGCUUGGGAUUGGGAUUCGCUGGGACUAUUGAGAUUGAGGUAGGUAAGAAGAAGUCUUUGCGACUAGCAGGAGGUGGCGAAAGUAUGGAAGCCAUCAUGUCUGGUUUCAAGGCUGCGCUAUAUUUCAGUGCUGCUUUAGCUACCAUAGGCCUGAUUUUGGAUUUUGCGUUUGUCAAGCUUCCAAAAGCAGAGCGUCAUGGCUGGGGGGAGGACAUGGCUUUGGAAGCACCUGAUAUAGCAGUCAGACAUACUGGCUCCGAAGCAAAUGCAGUAGCUUUGGGAUAG